GGGCAAAAGAAGCCCACUCUCUGCGAUCUGCGGCAGCUACUCUCUGCUGUGGAUUGCACAAAAGGAGCACUACUCCUCCCCCAUCCUAUUGAGAGGCCCCUCGGGCAUCUGUGGUUCCAGGGGCUCUCGGCCAGGGUCCAACCUGGCUGCCCUUUGGGACCAGCCCUGCAGGCAGCAAAUUGAGAGAUAUUUAGAACUUCUGGUUGGCUGCCUUACUUACAUAGCUGUUGUUCGUACAUGGCUGUUGUUGGCUUGGAGGGUCACCACUUAUGUGCAGGCUAGUUCAGUGCCUCUCCCUUCUAUUUAUUUCCUCAUGUAAUGGACAUGAGGAGCUUCUACGUUGUGUGAAACAAAUACAAGGUGCUGCAGGAAAAGCUGAUGAAGUUGGACACCCACUACGCAGAGCAUGCACAGUUGAUAGAGGACUCACCUGGACUGAGGUCUGUUGGAAAGACAAGCAUUACAUGAGACAGAUGAAGACAUGGUCACUGAUGUUGAUUUUACAAACAUGAUUUCUGAAGAAGAGCAAGAGGAGUUAAAAGCUGAACUUGUGAAGCUUGAAGAUGAAAUUGUGACUUUGCGACAAGUGUUAGCAGCAAAAGACAAGCAGCUUCUGGAAAUAAAACAAAAGCUUGGUAUCAACCUGAUGAAUGAACUGAAACAGAACUUUAGCAAGAGCUGGCAUAAUAUGCAAACUACGACUGCAUAUAAGAAGACACAAGAGACUCUGAGUCAAGCAGGUCAAAAGGCCACAGCAGCUAUCAGCAAUGUCGGAACAGUCAUCAGCAAGAAGUUUGGAGACAUGAGGUCACAUUCACUUGGUUACUCUAUUCGCCAUUCCAUAAGUAUGCCUGCUAUGAGGAAUUCUCCUACAUUCAAAUCCUUUGAAGAAAAGGUUGAGACCACUGUCACAAGCCUGAAGACAAAUGUUGGAGGUGCAAGCCCCACUGGAGGAAGUUUUGAAGAAGUUCUUAAUUCUGCUGCCCACGCCAGUACCCAGAGUUCUGUUACAGGCACUCGACUCCCAGAAACAGAAGAAGAGCUUCAGUGCUAGACUGCAGAGAUGCCCACUGGUUCUCUCUGUCCCACAGCUUGGAGCCAAUUCACAUAUGAAACCAUUUAUUUUCUUUUCAGGAUUGAGUAUGCAGAUGUAUGACUUUAUGGAGAAGCAUUCAUGUAAACUAGGCAACACCCAGGGUCAACUGGUGAUUCUUGUGAUAAAACCAGAAAAAUGCUGUCUGUUGCCAUAUCUUAUCCAGUUAUCUUUAGUACUUUAUGUGGCCUUGUGCCUACAUGCGUGAUUGCGUGGAAAAAAUCAGUGGGUCCUGUUAUGGGUGAACUUGCUCAAAGUCUCACUUUAUAAAUGUUUUUACACACCUUCUAUAAGAAAGUGUCACUUUUGAAAAUGGCUUCCACCAAUGUUGUACUCGUAGAGGUUUGUGUGUAUAUAUAUCGAAUUUUUGAAUAAUCUGUUCAAAUAUUGUUAAAUACAGUAGGGCCCCGCUUUUUGGCAUUCUGCAAAUACGGCAGUCCCAGCAGGGAUGAUCAGAUGUAGCGCAGGGAGCUCCAGCCGCCGCACUCCAGUUGACAGCCAUCAGCUGUAGCACACGAGCUCCCUGCGCUACAGGUGAUUGUACACUACAGCUCAUCAGCUGGAGCACAGGGAGCUCGCACACUACAGCUGAUCGGUUAGCUGGAGCACGGUGCCUGGAAUACAGGAGGGCCCCACUUUCUGGCGGUUUUCACUUUUUGGCGGGGGCCUAGAACGUAACCUGCCGUAUGAGUGCGUCUCUACUGUACUCAGUUUUCAAUAUGUAUGGUUUCUCUUAACAUAGAUGAUCAGGUUGUUUGGCUGCAGUCUUGGACUAGCUUUAUUUAAAGAUCAGACUGUAUUUAAUGAGACAUGACAUUUUGUCCUGAGGCAGCAAUCUACCAUCCAUGGUUGUUCCCACCCUCCAUUUCAUUGAGACAGUGGAUUCUCUCGUUUGUAUCUGCUUUUUAUUAGAAACAAUAAACUGUCUGCUUUUCCUCUAGUCAAGGAGUAUAUACACUUCUAUUUCUUCACCAUCAAAGGCUACAUGGUGUGAGAGACCCAGAGUAAAAGCUACUGUUCAGUUAAAAAAUGUGAUGACUUCUUUUUCUAGCUUCCACAAUAAGGGGACUUUUUGUAUUUGGGUGUGGAUCUCAGUUUAGAAUUGUCUGUGCAGCUUCAUAUUUAAGAAUGAGCUGGGAUUGUUUAUAUGAUUAAAACAGAGUGGCUGUGAGUAUAACUCCAGGCAUGGGAUGCUCCUGCUGGAGGAAGGGGGGGUAACAUUUUCCUUUUGUUGCUGCUCCAGAGUAUUGGGAGACCAUCUGGAACAGUGUGGAAGGUGUCCUUCCUCCGGCAGAAAGCCUCAGCUGCAUCUCAGGACAAUCCACAAAAAGGAGCCCUAACAAGAAAAAAUUAAACUAAACAUUGUGUAAAUCUACUAGUUUCACUGAAGUACAAAAGUGAACUAACUAUGCUCUUGACAACUUUCAAGUUUUCUGUUCCUAACUUUGGAAUAUCAAGUAAAACACUAGAUUUUGCAAGCAGUCACAAUCACUAAGUCUCUAAUAUUGAAAGGUGUGAUGCUCAUACUGAGUUCAGUGGAAUAUGGUCUGAACUCUUAAGGAUUUUUCUAGACUGAUUUUAUGCCCAUAAAUUGAACCUGGGUGGGAUGGAUAGAGCUUGUCUCAUUUUUCUAUAUCCCUCUCCUUUAUUUUAUUCUACAUUUGCUGUGUUUCAGUCGAGAAAGGUGGGUAUUGCUAUAGAUUUCUGGAGCCUUUUUUUUGGUAUUGUAGUAAUAAGUGUUUCAAUAAAGUGGCCCACAUGAAGAACAACUA